CGUCGUUCCGUGGCGGUUGUUUUAGCGGUUCGGGGGUCUGUGGGCUCCGUCAGAGGACCCGGAACAGGGGUUGGAACUCAGGCGACGGACAGGGAAGGCACGAGAGGAGGCUUUGUCCCGUGGGGAGGCGGGUCUAGGGUCGGGGAUACCGCCGCCUGCGAGGCCGGCCUGCAGACCUCGGUGCCCGCGACUGCCCGGGUCGCUCAGCUGUCAUCACUUCACUCUGCCCAGAGGCUCCGAUGGCGGCGGCCGCGCCCAGGGAGCCGCCGCAGGGACACAGGGAAGGCCUGAGCCCCUGGAAAGUCGCCGUGGUCACAUCCCUCGAAGACCUGCCUCUUCCCACAGGUUUCCAUGGUUGCAGAAGUGCUUUUGGAACCUGCACAGGGAAGUGUGACUUUUGAGGACGUGGCCCUAUAUUUCUCCUGGGAGGAAUGGGAUCUCCUAGAUGAGGCUCAGAGAUGCCUGUACCACGAUGUGAUGCUGGAGAACUUUGCACUCACAUCCUCACUAGGAUUUGGAUCUUCCAGGUCCCAUGCAGUUGCUCAGCUGGGGUUAGGGGAAGAGUCCCCUGUGCUUCCAGUCUCCACAAGAUGGGCCCCCAGAGGGCCUGACCCAGGUUGUUGGCAUGGAGUGGAGGAUGAGGAUGCGCCUUCUGAAGAGAGCAUUUCUAUAGGAGUGUCACAAAUUGGGACUCUCAAGGCAGGUUCAUCUUCCCAGAAGGCCCAGCCCUUUGAACUGCAUGGCCCAAUCUUGAGAAACAUUUUGUACUUGGCUGACCACCAGGAAACAUAUCUUGGGGAAGAACCAUAUACAUGUAGGAAACAAUUCUGUUUAACUGCCAAUCUUCAACAGUACCAGGGGCAGCACACUAGAGAGAUACCCUUCAGAAGUUAUGUGGACAGAGCCUCAUUUAUAAAGAACUGUACAGUCCACGUGUCAGGGAAGCCCUUUACCUAUGAGGAGACACGGAAGGACUUCUUAGCCAGCGUGGGAUUUCUCCAACAACAGGUCACUCACACUGGGAAGAAGCCGAACAAUGAGUGUGAGGCUGUCUUUCACAGUGGAAGAAGUCAUCACAACUGUGGAGAAUGCAAGAAAGCCUUCAGCUACACAGACACACUUGCUCAGGACCAGAGAGUUGCCACUAGAGAAGGAAUUUAUGAAUGUGGCAAAUGUGGAAAAGCCUGUACCCGAAGAUGUAACCUCAUUCAGCACCAGAAAGUCCACACUGGAGAAAGACCUUAUGAAUGCAGUGAAUGUGGAAAAUUCUUCACCUAUUACUCCAGUUUCAUUAUACAUCGGAGAGUUCACACUGGAGAAAGGCCCUACGAGUGCAAUGAAUGUGGGAAAUCCUUUAGCCAAAGCUACAGCCUCAAUAGCCAUAGGAAAGUUCACACUGGAGAGAAGCCUUAUGAGUGCAGGGAAUGUGGAAAAUCUUUCAGUCAAAGGUCCAACCUCAUUCAACAUCAGAGAGUUCACACUGGAGAAAGGCCUUAUGAGUGCAGUGAAUGUGGGAAGUCCUUUAGCCAAAACUUCAGUCUCAUUUACCACAGGAGAGUUCACACAGGAGAAAGGCCUCAUCAGUGCAGUGAAUGUGGGAAAUCCUUCAGCCGAAGCUCCAGCCUCAUUCACCACAGGAGACUUCACACUGGAGAAAGGCCUUAUGAGUGCAGUAAAUGUGGGAAAUCCUUUAAGCAAAGCUCCAGCUUCAGUUCACAUCGGAAAGUCCACACAGGAGAAAGGCCUUAUGAGUGUGGGGAAUGUGGAAAAUCCUUUAGCCAUAGCUCCAACCUCAAGAACCACUGGAGAGUUCACACUGGAGAAAGGCCUAUUGAGUGCAGUGAGUGUGGAAAGUCCUUUAGCUGCAAAUCUAACCUCGUUAAACACCUGAGAGUUCACACUGGAGAAAGGCCUUAUGAGUGUGGGGAAUGUGGAAAAUCCUUUAGCCAAAGCUCCAGCCUCAUUCAACACCAGAGAGUUCACACUGGAAAGAGGCCUACUGAGUGCAGAGAAUGUGGGAAAUCCUUUAGCUCCAAAUCUGACCUCAUUCAACACCAGAGACUUCAUACUAGAGAAAGGCCUUAGAUGUACAGGGCUGUGCAGUUUCCUUUUAGAUAAUUACACUGGAGGAGAGAUGUUGUGAGGAAGCCAUCUACCUAAAUUUAAGCCCAUACAUCUUAAAAUCCACGGUGGGGAGAUCUCCCUUUAGUUGAAGUAUGUGUGAAUCUAUAACUGUCUAGGGAUUUUGCCUGAUUUAUGUCACUGCCAGUUUCUGUGAAAGAGUUUUGUCACCUCUACCACUCAGCAGGUUCACACAGUGUGCAUUAGUACAUUAGUUACCACCACAAUGUGCCCAGGGAAGCUGCCUCUUUCCCUCCUCUUCUGCUGGAGGAAAUCAUGAUUAUUCUUAGCCCUUAUAGGGUCUUCAUUCUCUUCUUGUGUAGAAGUUAGGGCAUGGCCCAGUGGACCCAAUCUGUGUUCUGCUGGUAACUUGCCAAGAAGGACCGCAUUUUCAAGGAUGUGUUAGUUUUGUGUGACACUCCUCUUGGAUUUUCCUAUCCUCCAAGUCACCAACCUGGGAUCUCCCUGCCUCAUAUUGCUUUGGAUUUUACAGUAAUAAAGACAUUAUUGUUGGGGUUCUAUUCACUGUGUGAGGUGAUUUGAAAAUGGCUGUGCUCUGCCAGCAUUAAGGAAUGAACAGCUUUGUUGGGGUUCCCAAUGCUUUGUGUGCCUGAGAGAUGACAGUUUGAUGAAAGAAAAUAGCUCUCUUUCCAGCUUUGGCCUAAUAUACACUGUUGCCUGAGGUCUCCUAGGAAAGACUGCAGGGCCUUGUCCUAAUUUGUGAACUGGGUAUCGGGAUUUUUUUUUGUGGGCUCAGAGAACACUCUGAAGAGUCAGGAAGUUGUGACAACCUCCAGUGCUUCUGAGAACUACACGAAUUGUUUUUCUCUUUCACAGUGGAUGUCAUAUAAUGCUCAGUAGUGUUGAGGGGAAUCUCUACCCCACACCCUGCAAAGGAGCCAUGUGCCCUGAUACCCAGAAUUCUCUAGGCUAGUGUCAUGGUGAGAACACAGGGCCCUGGGGGAACUAUAAUCAGUACAAUAACACUGCAGUGGAGAAGACUGCAGCAAAGUAGAUGGCAUGUGCCCCUUUUAGCAUUGCAUCAACAAAUACUCCAAUGACUGUGACUGUGCAGAAUCAGUGUGCCCAGAAACUCUCAGGCCCUCCAGGUAUGUGCAUCUUUUGUGGCUGAGAUCUUUGUCAAAGAAAAUAAGCUGUUUUGUGGAUUCCCAUAGCCUUUCUGGUAGAGUUCACCUAAAGGCCAAUUCUACACAGAUAGGAAAACAAGCAUACAGAGAAAGGAGAUCCCUUAGUCCCUCAGUGUGGCUCUGUGACCUAGCCAAAAUUCCUGUUCACUGAGUGGAAUGGAUUUACUUGCUCAGAAAUAUUUGCUACCACUAAGGCAAGGCUGCUCCUCCAAGGUCAUCAGGAAAGAGACAGAGUCAAUAUAGGGCUGCCAAACCUGAUUUUAUGAAAAGAGUGGGAGACCUAGGGUUUUGUAUUUUUUGUUUGUUUUUUUUUGGAACUAUUUCAUAGAACUUUAUUCAGGUAUAGUUGACAUGCAAUAUACUGCACCUAUUUGAGGUGUACAGUUUAAGUUUUGACAUACGUAUAAACCCACAAAACUUCAUCAUAAUCAUGAUUAUGAACAUGUCCAUCACCCCUAAUUUGCCUCAUGUCAUUUUAUAAUCUGUCUUUCCUGUCCCCAGGCAACCUUUGAUUUACCUUCAUUUAUAAUAAAUUAGUUUGUAUUUUCUAGAAUUUUAUAUGAUCUGAGUCAUAAAGUGUUUAUUCUUUGGUUUCAUUCAUGAUUUAUAAUUAUUUUGAGAUUCUUCAAUGAUGCUUAUAUAAAUAUUUCACUCUACUGCUGCAUAGUAUCUUUUCUAUGGAUAUACCACUUGUUUAUCCAUUCAUCUGUUAGGGGCCUUUGGUACCUCGUUUUGUCGAUUGCAAAUAAAGCUGCUAGAACAUUUGUGUAUAAUUUGAUAUGUAUAUAUAUAGUUUUCAUUUCUCUUGUGUUAGUAAUUCAAAGUAAAAUGCUUGAGUCAUAAGAUAGGUGAAUGUUUAGCUCAUUAAGAAACUGCUCAAACUGAUCUAAAAUGAUUUUUUGCUUUUGCAUACUCACCAGGAGUGCAUGAGCGUUCCAGUUCUUUAACAUCCUUGCCAGUCCAUGGCAUCAGUCUUUUGGUUCAGUCUUUGGAAUUUACCCUUUUAACAAGCAAGCAGUAAUUUUAAUCGCAUUUCCGUAAGGAUUUAUGAUGUUGAACUUUUUUUUCUUGUGUUUGUCAUCUGUAUAUCUUCUUGAUAAAAUGUCUAUUCAUAUCUUUUGCCUAUUUUUUAAUGAAUUGUGGCUAUUUCCUUUUUUAUUAACAAACAGCUUAUUUUCCUCAGGUGUUUUUGUGCUAUGUACAAGGUAAGACUACAUACACCACACACUUUUAAGUUUAAUCUGCAUUAUUUACAUAUUUUCCAUUAUGUUCUUAAGUCUAGACUUUCUGUAAUACAUGUAAGUCCUGGUUUGUAGUGUCUUUUAAGUUCUCUGGUGUAAAUACUCCCACUAUGGCCAAUUUCAAGCUGUCAAUGUGAUGUCACUGAGCUCAGUUGGGAAGAGUUGCCACAGGCACAGCAUUCUAUCUCCACCCUUCUGAUCCAGGAGCUGCAAAU